AUGACACCCUUCGCGAUCGCGAUAAAAGGCUACUAUCCGAGAAAGCCGGGGGAUGUUGAAGUGAAUGUCAAUGAUCAUCUUUGCCUGCUUUCGCGAGUGGAUAGCAGCCACUAUCAGGUACUCAACAAACAGACUAAAUGUCAGGGCCGGGUGCCUGCUGAGGUGUUAUCAAUUAUGGUCGAUCUUCCCGCCGACAACAUGUCGACAAAUGGACCAAUGAAUCCCCCCUCUUCGCCUACGGUGAAGCCUCCCGGGCCUGCUCCCCCGUUGGCAGCAAUACGAGAUUUGGCCUGGCUUAUAGUUGAAAAUUCGGAGGCUUGGGUGAACGGCGAAAAAACUCUACCAGUCAGGGAUGGCGAAGUGCUUCGGUGGAUCGACUACGAAGAGGAUGUACUGUACGGAGAUGCUGUGCUGGACAAGGACGCCUUUGUCGAAUGUGAGAAGUGGACUGGCGAAGGUGUGGUGUUGCCUGCCGCGUGUGUGCGAGUCCUUUCUGACAAACUCGAGUUGGCCGCCUGUUUGAGUAAGCGCCCGCGGGCUCAGCUGAUAGCUGACCAUACCUCGAAAAAGCCAGAAGAACUGCUUCUGAAGGUAUUGUUCUUUUGGAUAUUUUGUCUGAUUUUGGUGUCACUUUAA